AUGAAGUUUUUCAUCUUUGCCUGCCUGUUGGCUGUUGCUCUGGCAAAGCAUGUAUCAUCUCACAGUUCAUCUAGUGAGGAAUCUGCUGACGUCACUGAAAAAAAGGAGCAGUCUGAGGAAGAAAAUGUCUACCUAAAACAGCUGAACAAAAUCAAACAAUUUUACCAGCAAGCUUACUUCCCCCAAUACCAUCAGGUUUAUCAUCAUCAGCAGAGAGUUUUGAACCCAUGGAAUAGCUUUAAGAAAAAUGUCAAUCGUGCUGUUUCCAUUCCGAAAAAGGAGCAGUCUGAGGAAGAAAAUGUCUACCUAAAACAGCUGAUCAAGAUCAACCAAUUUCACMCAUUCGCCGUCCCCAAAUAUUUCCAGGUUUAUCAUCCACAGCAGAUAGCUAUAAAUUCUUGGGCUCACAUUAAGAACCUUGUCYACCCAUAUAUUCCCAUUGUGAAAGUUAAAAAAGAAGAAGAAGAWGAUGAUGAUGAUGAUGAUGAAGUCACUAGACUCARCUUACCUCUUUAA